CGCAAGGACGUUUCUAAUUAUUAAAAUUGACAAAUUCAUUAUUUCUAAAUGCAUCAUUGCCUGAAAAUAAUGAACAUAAGCGUUAUUUCCUAUUCAAUAUCGUAUACUGUCUAUAAUUUGAUCGGAAAUAUAGUUUUGACUAGUCAUUAACAUUAAUUCCCUAAUUUACGUCUUUGCCUGUAACAUACCGGGACAUAUGAAUGGUUGAGAAAGCAUUAUUAUGACAAGCACUACCUUUGCGAAGAGGGAAAUUGUGUCAAUGAACAAUAUACAUCAGUUUUUCGUACGUCAAUAGAUUUACAAGCUCAUAAAGCGCAAACACACAGCAGAGAUUUGGGAAAACAAGGAUAUAAAGAAGCGCGUACCUUAAAACUUGAGUUUACCUUACGACCGCGACACAAUCCGACCGUUGAAGCGGGCAGACCAAACCAAUACCAACCACCCCGACCCCGCCAACCACCAUCUGAUUAUUCUUACAACAAUAGCUACAACAACAUCAACAACUAUUCCGGCGGGCCCGAGUCAUCCGCGUCGACCUCAUCGGAUCGCGCGAUCAACGUGCGUAACACCGCAGAUUUCCCGUCGUUGAAUGGUCAGCACACGACGGUGUUGCCAUGUGCCCGCACCAGGAAGCAAAACCAAUCGGUCAACACGCGAGAUUUACAUUCGUUUCCGGCCUUGGGACAGGACCCGCAGCCGUCGGUGGCGCCCAAGCCUCAGAAACCACCGGUGAACAGCAUCCGAAUGGCCGCGGUGCUAAAGAAACCAGCGGAACCCCCUAAACCAGAUCGAAACAAAGACGCCAAGGUACCUUCAGGUCCACGGUUGCCCAACCAAGCCAGGGACUUUCCGUCGCUAGACGGCAACCAAAACCACCAGCAGCAGCAGCAGCAGCAGCAACAAAACCAGCAACACCCCAGGUUGGCUGCCAACAAGGAGAUGGUGGUGGCCAGCGGUUCGAGCGGUGGCAGUUGGGUGUCUAAAGCCAAGACGGGAAACGAGGGUGAGAAAAAAAAGGUUAAAAAAGAACCAGCGGCCAUCAAGAAGAAAAUAGCAGAGGCGCCCAAGGUCCCUGGCCCGUCGGACUUUCCAAAUUUGAACAAAAAAUAUGAACCGUCCAAGAGCAACCUGGCAAAGUUGGGCGGCAACAAGAAGAAAUCGGAAAACUCAAAGAAAACCGCGCCAGCAGAAACCAACGUCAACGGCAAUGGCGGCAGUGGUACUGUUCAAAACGGGAAAAAGAACCUUCCAACCGUGGACAGCAACAGCAGCAAUAAGGAAAACUGCAACAAGCCCAACACGAAAACCGUCGACGCGGUGCAGGUGUGCAACGGGGAAAUCAAGACGGCUACUUCGACGAAUAAUAAGGCGGUCGCCGGCAAGACUGAAGUGAUAAAGCCCGCCGCCUCAGCCCCGGUAGAGGUGCCGAAGAGAGAGCAGUCCAAGAAGAAAGAGUCUGCUGCGGUCGGUCGAACGGCGGCUCAACCCGACGAAGAAUCCGUGACGGACGCCAACAACCCAAAGGACAAGAAGAAGAGGAAAAAGAAUGAAAAUCGAGGAGAACAACAACAACAACAACAACAACCUACCUCAACCAGGCACCAACAGCAGGAAAAUCAUCACCAGCAACAGCUGCAGAACAAUUAUAUCAAAACGGCGACGCCAAAAAUACCGCCGGGCUUCGAGAACGCGUACCAGCAGCCGCCACAACAGGUCAGAGCCCCUCCCGGGCUGUCUGGUAACCGUGGACCGUCGCCCGCAGCGCAGAACCAUCACCGGGUCAAAGCGCCGCCCGGUCUGUCGUUGGCGGACAGCGGAGGCGACGGCGGUAAACCGUUCGAGUACUUGCAUCCGGUCGACUCGUCCGUCCGGAACAAAGUGCUCAUCAAUAACCUGAUGGCCGCGCUCAUACCUGCCCACGACGAACGUUUUGACACUUUCGAGAAGUUUAAAGAGAUGUCAACGCUGUUCCGCAAACAUGUCAUCACCGCGUUCGAUUUCUAUUCGUAUUGUGUUGAAGCACUGGCCCCGCACAGCUUUGAUUCCGUAUUCCAGGAACUCGUGUUGUUGUUGCCCGACAUCCAAAAGCAGCGGGAAUUGCUGUUCAUCUACAACCGGAACAGCAGACACGAAAUGAACGUAGAAGUGUGCAAACACUGUCGCCAAGUGUUGAGGCCUAGUGACUUGGAAUCGCACCAGUCCGUUCACAGUUCGACUGUGCGCAGUUGAAAUGCAACGGAUACGCCUGUGUUUGUAUAGCACAUAUUGCGUCCAUGCCGCCGAACAUGCCUCCCAAGUGUAAUUAUUAAAUCAUUAUAAUUUUAUGUAAACGUUUUUAAAAUGCGCCCACGCGCGGUUGUGAAAAAUAUCAAAAAUAUUACUACCUAUACAUAAUUAUCUUUUUUUCUUCUUUUUUUUUUGUAAUUAUUUAUUAUUAUUAUUUAAUUACAUACAUGUAAAGGAUAUUCAUUUCUUUAGAGAGCUAAGUUUAAUUUUAAACACAUUUGAAAGCAAUUAUUAACAAUAAUAUGUUCUCCAAAGCUCAAUGUGCUUGUUAAGUUUAUAAUUCGAAUAUAUUAUUUACCUAUUAUUAUUAUACUUUUUUGCUGGCUCUGUUCAAAUUUAUUUACAAUGAGAAAAUAAUAUUUAAAAAAAUUAACAUCGUCCGCCAUUUAAAAAUUGACGAUUAAAGUGAACUAUAUUAUAUCAUGCAAUGUAUACCUAUAUCAAAUAUUUUAUGUAUGAUACAACUACUACACAAUUAUUGUAUAAUAAUUGCUGUAAUAAUAAUAAUAAUAAUACUAAUAACAAUAUUGUGUACUGACAGGUCGUGGUGUUUUGCUCGAUAGCUCCGGUCGUAUGUGUAUAUUAUAUAUCUAUAGAAGUCAAUCGUUUUUAAUACGUACUACAUAUUAUUAUAUAAGUAUAUAUUAUUAUAUUAUUCUAUACAACCGAUUACUUAUCUGUGGGUACAGAUAUUGUCAUAUUAUUUUUAAUAAUAGAGUAAGAAACACAUUGCAUAUUAAUAUAUUAUGUAUAUUUUCGGUCGAUCAGACAAUAACAUUAUACUAGACUGUAAUAAAUAUAAAUAAAUGUGUAUUUGUAAAAGAAA